GCUUCCAGAUUCUAUGAAGCAAAGUCAGGCUGACCUGUAUCUCGAAACUUACCAAGUUUUGGAUUUGGAAAUGAGCCGUCUGCGUGAAAUUCAGAGAUGGCAAGCAUCCGCGGCAUCUAAGCUGGCAGCUGACAUGCAACGUUUUUCCAGACCUGAGCGUCGUAUUAAUGGUCCCACAGUAACUCAUCUUUGGUCCAUGCUGAAAUUACUUGAUGUUCUGAUCCAGCUUGAUCAUCUUAAAAAUGCAAAAGCUAGUAUACCUAAUGACUUCUCUUGGUACAAAAGGACAUUCACACAAGUUAGUGUGCAGUGGCAAGAUACAGAUUCAAUGAGGGAGGAGUUGGAUGAUUUACAGAUCUUCUUGAGCACGAGGUGGGCUAUUUUGUUAAACUUGCAUGUUGAGAUGUUCCGUGUGAACAAGUAUCCUUCAAAUGAACAUUCUCUACCCAGAGGAAUGGUUAAUCAAUGUUGCUGCACUGAGUGAAUUUUGUUGCAUAUGAAUGUAUGUAUUUAUGACUGGAUGCUCAUGACCCCUAAGAUCUGUCAUGAUAAAUCUCAUGUUAUUGGUGUCUAAUCCCAAAGAAUAAAGCCCAAAUGAAGGAAAAAUUCUAAACCUAUCAGAGAAUGGUGGGCCUUUUUAAAUUUAGAUCCUUGCACCAACUGAUUAACCAUUCUUAUAUUGGAUGCUAGACCUGAACCGCUAUUUGAUGAAAUUAAUUCCCUGCACAACAUCAGUGCCUCUCCAGCAUUUCUCUCAGCUAAGACUAAAUACAUGACAACUCGAUGCAGAUUAUGAGGCCAACCUUGAAAUUGUGUUGCAAACACUACUCAGAAGUGUUAUUCUAGAACCAGAGAGACCACUGGUUAGUCAACCUAACUCCGACUUCUCCUCUCACUCUAAUACUUCUCUCUCCCAUGGA